UAAACCUAUUCAAUUUCGGAUUUCCAGGAGAGGGAAUCCAAGUCGUGCGGGCUAUUGGAGGGCUCAGUGGACUCCGGUUUGGUGCGCCCUCCCUUGCCUAGUUCCGUGCUCUGCGGAGCGCUCCGGAAGGAGAUAAAUGGGGUCAGGAGAGGCCCCCUCAAAGAUGAACCUUGUAAUGUUUUUCUGGAGGGUGAUCUUCCUUUCAAACAUCUGGUCUCCUCCUCGCCAAUCCCCCGCCGCCUGCUAUUGGGCAUGGUGUUUCAUCGCGUUCGUGGGACCCUUUUUCUUUAGGGUUUUGCAGGCCAGAUUGAGGGUGGGAGGAGGCAGGCUGCAGGUGGGCACCAGCGUUGACAGAUCGUGGUCAGAGAGGCUGUUGGGGCGUGGGGGCGUUCACCUGGGGAGCUCUGCGUCACAUCUGCGGAAAGAGAGGGAGUAGUUUGGAACGCGCAAUUGCCUCACUGCACGUUCAACAAAUCAACUUCUGUUGGGUUCCUCCAGAGUUCAGGUGCAUUGAGUCUGGGCACCUUUUAAUACAGGCCGAGCUGACCUGGAAGCCUCUCGUUGGCCACUGUCCUUUCUAAGGAACUCGCCUUCCAGAGCCCGCCUGCACAGAACUGGUGGGGACUCUUCUAGGAGCAGAGAGAAUGGCGCACUUCAGGCAGCUCUCCCUGGGCUCGAAGGCUGCCCUGGCUGCGGUCACUGUCUUCGUGUCCAUGAUCCUCUCCCGCUCCUAUCUGGCACAGAGCCUGGAGCUCAGGGCCUGGCGAUGGCUGUUCCGCCUGCAGCUUGCUCUCUUUGUCAACUCGCUCAUGCUCAUUGGUUCCCUCUACAUCUGGCGUAGCACAGUGAGCAACCUCUGUCACUCCCCAGCAAUGGAGUCCACCUGUUUCCAGCUUUGGAAACUGGUCGUGAUGGUGUUUCUGGCCCUGGCCCAUUCCAGUUUCUUCACCAUGCUCUUUCUGGUGGCCGAGGAGCCCUAUUUCUUUUCCCUGGCGGCCUAUUCCUGCCUGGGUGCUUAUAUCAUCAUGGUUUUCUUCCUCUGCAUCCUCAGCGGCAUGGAGCAGGCCUACCAGCUCUUGGCCUGGCGCAGCGGUAGGAUCGUGGGCAGCCUUGACAAGUCGAGGAAGCUGGUGCUCAGGCCUGCCCUGGCGGUGGUGGUGACUGCCGUGCUCAGCAUGAUGGGGCUCCUGAAUGCUGCUAAGCCCCCAGCAGUGAAAACCGUGGAGCUGCCCAUCCCUCAGCUGCCCCUGUCUAUGAACAACCUCAAGAUCGUGCUCCUCUCUGACAUUCACUUGGGGCCCACAGUGGGCAGGACCAAGAUGGAGAUGUUUGUGAAGAUGGUGAAUGCAUUGGAACCCGAUGUCACGGUGAUUGUGGGUGACCUCUCUGAUUCAGAAGCCUCUGUCCUUCGGACGGCUGUUGCUCCUUUGGGCCAGCUUCAUUCACGCCUUGGCACCUACUUUGUCACGGGCAAUCAUGAGUACUAUACGUCGGAUGUCAGCAACUGGUUUGCACUGCUGGAGUCCCUGCGUGUCCGGCCACUUCACAAUGAGAAUGUGAAGAUUUCUGCCACGGGGGCCCAGCGUGGCGGUGGUGGUGGUGAAAGUGAAGACUGGAUCUGCUUGGCCGGAGUGGAUGAUAUCGAAGCAGACAUUCUGCACUACUCUGGCCAUGGCAUGGAUCUUGACAAGGCCCUGGGGGACUGCACCCCAGACCACACCAUCAUUUUGCUAGCUCACCAGCCCCUGGCUGCCAAGAGAGCCCUCCAGGCGCGGCCAGAUAUUAACCUGAUCCUUUCUGGGCACACACAUGCUGGGCAAAUCUUCCCGUUGAACGUGGCAGCAUAUCUCCUGAACCCCUUCUUUGCAGGUCUCUACCAAGUGGCCCAGACUACGUUUGUAUAUGUCAGUCCAGGGACAGCCUACUAUGGGAUUCCCAUGAGGCUGGGGAGCAGGGCAGAGAUCACAGAGCUCAUCUUGCAACAGGCUCCCUGAACCAGCCCUGCCCUCAGUACCCCUGCCCUCCCCUACCCUUCCCCCUCCGUCCCUCUUCAGAGUUAUUUGCCAGCUUUACCCCUUCAGCCAUGACAGCACCCCCUUGGUCACAAACCUAACAUGAACAGUGAUUUGUAGUGGGGUUGCCUGGCAAGUUCAGGCUGGUUUAAUUCUUUAAGUGGCUACUUGCUUUUUGGUAUGCACCUAUGAGGCCACUUAGGACACCUAUAAGAGGACAUGCUUCUGUUUUCCAGUUGGUGUGAAGUGAAGUCCUCCUGCAGAGCUCACAGGGAAGAACCCCAAUGUGGAGUUGCUCGUUUAGAACCUGAAAGGGGUAGGAGUGUGUCUUCCUCUUGGUGUUUUUUAAACCUUCUUUAGGACUUAGAUCUAGAACCUUUCUAGAGGUGGUAUUGGUAGGUAAUGUGGGACAACAGGUAAGCUCGGAAGUCCCUUGGAUUGCUGGAGAAUAUUGUCUUAUUCUGCUGGGUUCUGACGGAAUCAGCUUUAUUGAGGGCAUUAGCAAAAACUGCUGGAACACAGAGGGCCUCUCGUGUUCAGGUCUUGAGUAAUGCCGUUCGUGCUCUUGGGUGGCCUGGGAUGGGGGCUGCUUGAGCAAAAAAAAAAAAAAAAAAAGCUCUCUGGCAGGUGAUGGUCAUUCUGCUGCUUAGGACCUCGGGGUUUUACCUCCCUUGUCUUUUAUACUUGGGUGAGGUAAUUAGGGACAGGUGGCUUCUGUAUUUAUAGAUGAGGAAACUAAGAGAAAGAGGCAAGGCACCCCAACAUGACAAGGUAUGUUGAAGGGCUGGGGACGUAGCUUACUGACAUAGCGUUUGCCUAGUAUAUGCAGGGCCCUAGGAGAGAUCCCCAACAUCAUGAAAAACAAAGACAGGUUGGAGACUUGGGGCUAGAAGCCAGGUCUGCCUCCUACUGAAAGUUCUUUCCACUGUCUGGUGGUUAAGUAGCUUUGUCAUUAUAUUUGAGUAUAGAGUCUCACACAGUUAACUGCAAAAGGAGAACAAACCAGAACCUGAUGUUCCUUCAGAGUUAUUUGCUGAAGUCUGACUUCAGUUUACCCACCACUACGUGGAACAGAGCCUACAAGGAAAUUAGCUAGUUUGGGUGUAGGCUGUUAACAUUUGAGGAAGAGUCAGGAAACUGGGGCCCCCUACUUCUCACCCCAGGUUGGGGUCUGACGAGAAGUUAAGGUUCACAAUCCACCCAUGGGGAAGUUGAAGCUUUCAUGGGGUGUGGCAGGGCUCUAUGCCUCUUGCAGGGCCUUUCCAGCUUCCCCUCCUGAGCCCUGGAGUUCAGGAACUGUUCUUCCUGGUGGGCAGAUUCCAAUCCACCUGUCUUGCCCCAGGAGAGCUGCCCUUAGACUCUGGCAACAGAAAUAACAGGAUCGUUCCUUAAUGACUUCUAGACUCAGAAAAAGAAGUAGGGGUGACUGCCCUGGAGUGAUUCCCAACCUCUUGGCCUAGACCUUGCCAGAAGAAAUGAACCUUGGACUUUGGAAUACCAAUAAGCCCUCCUCUUAGAAAGGCUUGAGAAAUCUGAGGGCUUGGGCUCAGUGUUAACUUCUGAGUAAUUUUUAGACAUGGGGCUGACAGGGAGCACAGACACACUCUGAUGGGAGGGUCUCGCUCUCCUGCUCACUAGUGGGGCAUCAUAGGUCAGUGAGGUGACCUCACAGAACUGUGGCUUUCAAGAUUGUUUCGUUGGGGUGGGAAUCAAGACAUGGUGCCUGAGUUCCGUGUAGCACUGUGCAUAGUUAUGUGAAUAUAUUGACAACAUGUGAGCUUGCUAAGGAACUAUCCUGUGCACAGGUGCCCAGAGAAUUUCUGGAGCAACUGAUCCUGGGGAAUGUGGGUGAAUAGCAUUCCACCUGUUACCAGGGCCCCGUGAGAUGUUGCAGCAGCAACUCGUGGGAAGUCAUCUUCCCCUCCCCAUGUUAGUCUUCUUGUGUAUGCUCUGCCUGGCAGAUGGAGUGUCUUCACUUUUUCUUUGUUCUUCUGGGUUCUCCAGAACCCCAUCCCUUGUUCCUGGGUAGCGAAGGCAUCAAAAGUGAACCAUCCCGUCAAGUUUAAUAAAUGUCUUUGAGGUGAAACUGAUGGUUUUCUUAUUUUUUUUCCCCCUGUAUAGAAUUUCAGAGCAAUGGAAGGGACCCUGGAGAACCUUUUUAUUUUAUUUAACCCAGGGGUGCUUUACCACUGAGCUACAUUCUCAGCCACCACCCUGUCCUUUUAAAUUUUUUUAUUUUGAGACCGGGUCCAAGUUGCUUAGGUCCUCGCUAAAUUGCUGAAGCUGGCCUUGAACUUGGGAUCCUUCUGUCUUAGCCUCCUAAGUUGCUGGGAUUAUAGGCAUGUGCCACCACACUUGGCUGGAGAAGCUUUAAAAAUAAUAAUAAUAAUAAUAAAACAAACAAACAAAAAAAAAAACGUUUUACAAAUGGUGGAAUUCUAGGAAUGGACACAGCACAGCACCCAGUUCCCUGACUCUCUUUGCAGGGUACCACUGCCAAGCCUGCCACACCUCCAACUGCUCUUCCGAAUGUUCUCUCUCCUUUGUGACCCAGCCUCAGUUGGGGCAUCAUUCUUACUGCCUUUUUCAGUUCUCCUUUGUUUGAGAUUGCACCUGACUAGGCUAGUUGUUGACAUUUCAUUCCUACCUUUUGGUUCUGUUGAUAGCGACUGACUUCCCUGCUGAACUUGAUAUUUUGCUGGUUUCUUGAUUUCUAGAUCUUUCUCAAGUGCCCUGUGCUUGAUGAAAUCAGCCUUCAUCAAGUUCUGUUGUUUAUCUUGGAUCCUUGUCUCUCUUGGAUGUCAUCAUUUUGUGGUCUGUGUACCCUUCACCCACUCUGAACUCUUUGCUUGAUGGAUUGCUUUUCUAUUAACAGAAAGGAAGUAAGGCCACCCUAGGAAUCCAAGAAAAGGCAUUAACAUUCUCUUAUUCUUGGUUUGUAUUCCCUGACUUGGGGUAGGGGGGUAGGGGAGAGGAUGUUCCCAGAAGAAAUUUCUCUAUUAUUGUUCAGAUGUGUCCCUGUUGCACCCUUUGUUCCCUCUGUUCAAUGCACUGAAUGGACUAGUUUUCUUCAUGCUUGUGGCUGUGAUGAAGAACCUUACUUGAAGCUUGAUCAUUCUGUUUUGUUUUUCUAUUCAUUAGAUGCAAAUUGAAAUGUAAUGCUUUUUAUAAUUAAUAAUAGCAUGUGUUAUAUUGUUAUAAAAUACAAAAAAUUAGGGCUGGGGAUAUAGCUCAGUUGGUAGAGUGCUUAUUGCAUGCACAAAGUCCUGGGUUCAAUCCCCAGCACCCUCUUCCCCCAUCACACACACACAUACACACACACACACAAAUAUAUAUAUAUAUAUAUAAAAUUAAUUCUGCCAACCAUUUAAAACAUCCAUCCAGCCUUUUCUUCUUUGAUUUGUUUUAAACUUUUUAUUAUGGGAAUUCUCAUGAAAGUAGAAUAGCAUACUGACAUGUCCCUGUCACCCAGCAUCAACAUUGUGACUCUCCUGCCACUCUUUCCCAUCUGCCCUUUUUCCACACUCUUUCAUAUUUCUUUUUUAGCAUAAGCAUAUUAAGUCUUAGGAAACGUAAUUUUUUUCCCCCAUAAGCAAUUCGGUAUAAAUCCUUUGCUUAAAAAGCAUAACCAUAUGCCAUUAUGAUAUCCACUAAAAAUAACAGUGGUUCAUAAAAUCAUGUAAUAUCCAGGAGAUUUGGAGCUAGAGAAGCCAGAUCUUUUACCUCCCAGUAAAAUAUUGGAACUUUCCACUCUCCUUGAGAUCAAUUCUUCUCAAUACUGUCAGAUAUAUGCCUUCAAGUGGAAUCUUGCUGGAUCAUAAUGGCAAUCAUUCUGUUUUCAUUUUUUGUGGACCCCCCUCCCCCCCCCCCGCCGCCAUCCCAUACUGCUUUCCAGAGCAGUUGCACCAUUUUACAAUCUCACCAACAAUACAUGGGGCCCCAGUUUCUCCACAUCUUUGGUAACACUCAUUUUCUGUUGCUUUUUUUUUUUUUUUAUAGUGACCAUCCUAAUGAGUUGAUAUUGUGAUUUAAAAAAAAAAUUUUUUUUUUAGUUGAAGGACCUUUAUUUAUUUGUAUGUGAUGCUGAGAAUUGAACCCAGUGCCUCACGCAUGCUAGGCAAAUGCUCUGACACUGAGUCACAACCCCAGCCCUUAUAUUGUGAUUUUGAUAUGUGUGAUGUAGAGCAGUUUUCACUGCCGAUUGGCUUUUUUUUUUUUUUUGUACCAGGAAUUGAACUUGGGGGCACUCAACCACUGAGCCAUAUCCCCAGCCUUAUUUUAUAUUUUAUUUAGAGACAAGGUCUCACUGAGUUGCUUAGUGCCUCAUACUAUCUUUGGAGAAAUUUCUAUUCAACCCUUUGCAUAUUUUCAAACCUGGUGGUUUUGCUUUUGAGUUGUAGGAUUUCCUUAUAUAUUCUGAGUAUUUAGUCUAUCAGAUACUUGGUUUGCAGAUAUGUUAUGCAAUUCUGUGGGUUGCCUUGCCUUUUCACUGUUGAUUUGUCUCUCUACCCCUAAAACCUAGGGGUGCUCUACCACUAAGCUAUAUCCCCAACCCCUUUCUUUUUUAUUUUGAGACAGGGUCCCACAAAAUCACCCAGUCUGACCUCAAACUUGUGAUGCUCCUGCCUGAGCCUCCUGAGCAGCUAGGAUUAUAGACAUUUGUCACUGCACUGGGCUUGAACUAAUUUUGGAUGUCCUUUCCCCAUCAAAUGAUCUUGGCACCUUGGUUGAUAAUUGUUUGACUGUAUAUAAGAGUAUUUACUUCUGGCCUCUGUUUUCAUCCAUUGUUUAGUCUGUAGGGCAUUGACACUGUUUUUGAUUACUGUAGCUUUGUAAUAUAUUUUGAAAUAAAGAAAUAUAAGUCUUCAGA